AUGUCUUCACCGACAAGCAGAACUUUUGAGCAACCCCUUUCUUCCCGUCAGUGUAACGUCGUCAUUGGGCUACAGGCGAAAGAACGACACAUGAAAGAAACAUUGCUUUCACGUCACGUCACGAACCCGGGCGAUGACCCGGAAAAUCCAAGCAAGCCCCCCUUUAGGGAUGAGACACGAGAUGAAAACAGGAUCCGAACGGAAAAACGGGGUUCCCCCUUUUGCCCCGGGAUCGUGAUUAAUUUCCCGGGGGUUCCAGUACCCGUUUUCGGGGGUAUUCCGUCCAUUGCCGCGAUUACGACUUUCGCUUUCUCCUCUAUUGAAGUUCAUCGCUCUGGCGUUGUUAGCGAAGAUUUUCCGCGAGUCUACAAUUUCUCUCUGAAGCCGGAAAAACGCAUGACCUGGAAAGCCACUAUUGAAGCCACAUGUGAGGCAUCAAGGACCGAAUAUUGUUAUGAGACCACUUUAUGGUACCCAUCGCACACGCAUUGUUCAAAUAGAUGGCUCUUCAAACUAGGAACAACACUUUGUGAAGCCCUGCCAGCCUACAUUGCAGACAAAGUUCUAAACAUUUUGGGAAAGAAGCCAUUUGCCAUGAAAGUGUACCAACGAAUGCAGCAAAAUGCAUUAGCUGUUGAAUACUUUCUUAAUAAAUUUACAUUGCUUUUAAACGCGGGAUCGUCGCUCAGUUUCAAGUCUUUCAACCAGUGUUUGCAAUCGUUGCACCUGAGCUCGCAAACCUUUCAAUUCGCUUCCUUGUUCGUGCCAACCGUCGACGAGAGCUUUGAAACUGAUUUGCAGCUUGUUGUUCGGCGAAGAGUCGGAAAUCAAUUUCGACAAAAUAGUGUCAAACUGGUGAACAGUGUCGUCGAAAUUUCUUUGCAAGUGCGAAUGCGCCUUUUCCAGGGCAUCAACUCGCUGCCGGGCAUCCUGCUCGAAUUUUCUAGUUCACUCACGGUUGCUGACGUGAAAGCAACAAAUGCUAUGACGAAAGACAACUGCCAAAAGAAGGAAUCCCCCGGCAUGAUGCAGCUGAUGGCAGAUUAUUCCUAA